AUGGAGCACAAGUCAUUCUUUAGUUACCCCAUUACCCAGCCCUUUCCCUUCAGAUGGUUCACCCCAGUUGCUGUCAUAGGCGGUAUCGUGUUCAUCGCUCUCUUCACAUUGAUGAACUUUGCCUCGAGUAGCUAUGAACUGAUCGUCCAGAACUCACUGGAUCCAAACACGACUGCUUCCAGGCGCGGCUUGCUGCACCGCUACCCAUCUUCCCUGACCACCAAGGUCCAGCCCAAAUGCCAGCCAGCAACUUUACCAGUGAAUAGCAAUUUCUUCACCAACAACACGGCUCUUACCUACACGUUGACAAGCGUGCGGGAAAGAGGAAAAGAGGGCCAGCGAGUCAUUUCGCCCGCUCUUACAUAUCACAGAAAUAUCCUGCAAAACUGCUCCGUUCACUCUGUGGAAAUCGACUUUGAUUCGAUAGACAGGGCCGGAAAACAGAUAGGCUUUUGCGAAUGGGGCGCGGUGCUGCGAUCGUAUAUCUCGUGCAAGAUUGACACCCCGGCCGGAGAAGUCUUCUUCAACAUGACACAGACUUACGAUUACGUUCCUGAUACCACUUCCUUCGAUAGUCUCGGCAAGUUCCUGGGGACUGGGUUCCUUAGUCGUAACAAGACCACACAAGCUAGCCUUUGGUGGGGCGAGUCCCUGAUGUCAACAUUCUGGGGAGAAAUCACGUUGAUGCUCCAGGAUCAGCGGGGGGCAUACAAGGACGACGAUGACAAGAUAGAACUCAACAAGGGAACGGUUUCUUUCAUGAUAAAUGAUACGUACCCUAAUAUUGAAGACUUGCGCUUCUUCAGCCUCGACUACCGUUUCUACGGCAGCAAAAUCUACGAGGUGGCCUGCUGUCCCAAACUACCGCUUCCCUUAUCGGCAAAGGUCUUAGAUGAGAGCAACACUUACCCGAAUAUAUGGAUAAAGGCAGACUCGCUGGCAAAAGCGGCUUAUUCGACUAUUCUCGUUGACCUCGGCCAGGAAGCUGCCCCAAAAUCCAACAUGCUCACCGACACCAAGUUGCUGACGCGAUACACGGACAACUUCUCCACAGCCCGCAUGGCGAAUCUGAAACCGAGUCCCGCCAACGACAGUUAUAGCGCAUUGAAGAAAACGACGGGUCUCUUGGGUAUUACACCGUCUGUCAUCGCCAGGACGUACAUCUGUCAGGUCCCGCGGCUCAAGCCAGCGGGCAAUCUCAUCGUUGCUAUCAUCGUAGCUGAUCUUGUGCUACUUCAAGCUGUAUGGCAACUUUACAAGAAUUCAGCUGAAUUUUAUCUCAGUAAGAAGCAUCGGGAGUCGGCUCCGUGCGAGAGAUGCUCUGGAGUUGGACAGGUAGAUGAUUCCGUACCGCCAUCUAUGCCAAGCCAGGACAGUGGGCUGGAGUAUUUUCCACUGGUAAACACGCCAAGGCAAAACGAUGGUCAAUUUACAGGGGGUGAAGUUUAA